GUUAUUUAAAGUUUAGGAUUCUAGAAACAAAAUGUCGGUCCGUAGAUCACACAUAGACUGAGUGAUUGCGUCAACUCCAAUUUAUCGAAAUAUUUUAUUCGGAGUGAAUAUUAACGAAGCUACAAAUGUUUUAUAAAUUUAAUUCAUUUCUUGUUUUUGGUGGUUCACUUCUUGCCGCCGUUGCAGCAGGAGCCUACAUAUUAUGGGGACCUUCUAAGAAGCGUCCAAAAGGUAUUUUUUUAAAAAAGUAGUCUAUUAGUAAUUAGUACUAUUAGUAUUAGUAUAUUGAUUAUUAUUGCAUACUAUUGUGGUCUAUAGUAUAGUUUUAUUGAAAAAAAUGACGAGUGAGUGAUGUCUGAUAAUUAAAUAAAUUAUAUCCAGGCAGUGAUAGUUGAAUUAUACCGAGUUAUACAGUGCUUAUUUUCUUUUUUUCUUUCUAAAGCUUCUUUGUCAUUUGUACAUCCCCUAACUGACUAAGCCUAACUAACUCACAGUGUCACAGUCACAGCUCCAUAAACUAGGUACUUUGACACAAAAUUUAAAUAUUGUCCAAUUGCCAUGAAUGAUAGAAUUGAUACAUCAUUUUAACGGGAUAGCUAUAAGCUGUACAACAACACCAAUUUCAUCUUUCUAUCUUUUAUAUAAGUGUAGUUAUGAUUUUUUGGUGAUUUAAAAAAAAAAAAAACCUUCUUUAUCUUAGUAUUUCACUGAAAAAACGUGUGACCCACUUUCAAAAUUUCUGCCUUAUUUUACCCAAAACUUUUUUAUUUUAAAAGAUAAUGCUACCAAAUUUUCAGGAGACAUUCUCAAUGCAAUAUACUACAUACAGUACAAUAAACAACAUAACUUUUAUAGAACAUUAAGACUUUUUAUGUUUUAUAAAUUUAUUUGUGGGUAUGUUCAGAAAAAAGUGAACAGAAAAAUUGGGAAAAUAAUUAUUUAUACAGGAAAAAACAAAAAAAACCAGCAUAUUUAUUGAAUUUUAACUAAUUUUAUUAUGCUUGUAUAGGCACUCCAAUACUUUCGCCGCCAGCGGUAGAAAGACAUGGCCUGUGAUCAGCUCGCGCUUUUCGUUUUCGGUAGAUGUCAGUGUUUAGCGUUGUUUUGCGUCAUUUCUAAAAAUAGAGGAACUUCCUUAUUUUAAUUUGAAUCCGCGAUGCAUGCCGGUUACGGGGGUAUCAAUAUAUAGGAGAUCCGACCACGCUGAGACCAUCAAUUGAAAAGUUGAUUUGGGUAAGUGAGUUCACUAUGCUUAUUUUUUUUUAUUUAAAACUUGUUCGGCCUUGGAAAUUACUUGUACACAUAGUUUAUAUAUUUUAAAAGUGGAAGCACUUUAUUUAAAGAGUACUGACGCUGUGACUAAAAAUUCAAGGCUUCCAAGCCGUGGCCAUUUUUUUCCACUCGAUCUACCGGAAGUGGUGUAUCGCUAAUGUAAACAGUGAUUAUUAUUAUUUAAAACUUUUUAGAAACAGCUAAAUAAAUAUUUCCCGCAUUAUAACUUAGUUGUUAGAUUAUAAUUGUACACUUUUCAUAACUGGUUUUUAAUAAUAAUUACACUUUAGGCCUAAUAUAGUUGGUAUAUAAGAACAUGCUUUGGAUCAAUAAUACAUGUAAAUAUAAAUAAGACAACAAAGACGACAAUGAAAUAGUAAGAUAGUCUCUAGUUCUAAGUUAUUAACAGCUAUAAAUUAAAGGGAAGCGUUAUACGCAGUCGGCUGCGUAUAACCCUGAGAGUUAUACGCAGUCGACUGCGCAUAACCCUGAGGGUUAUUCACAGCCGACUGCGUAUAACUCUCAGGGUUAUACGCAGUCGAUAUACGCAGUCGACUGCGCAUAACCCUGAGGGUUAUUCACAGCCGACUGCGUAUAACUCUCAGGGUUAUACGCAGUCGGCUGGGAAUUUAGCCAAAUAAGGUUUAUCAAUCGCUUGUUUGGCAAUUUAAAAAAAAAAGUAUUAUGCGUAAUUAGCCGCAUGAUGGGUUGUUUUGAACUAGAACUUUUAAUGUGUUUAACGUAAAAUUUUAAUUGAAUUAAUUUUAAUUAAUAAUGAAAUUGAUGAUAGCAAUAGUAUUAGUAUUAGUAUUAGUGCUAUUACUAUUAUUAGUAUUAUUGCUUGUAUCUUAUAUAUUAUAAUUAUAAGUAUAAGUCAAAGUCUACAUUUCUUAGAGUCUAAGCCUAAGUCUUAGAUUUUUUUAAAGGCAUUUCCAUGGUCUAAGUCUAGUCAUGUAUUUUGAUUGAUUAGGUUUUUAUAUGUUGCUAUGACUAUGUCCGUGUGGUUGGUUUUACUGACUAAUUUAGGAAAUACAUUCUAUUUAUCUUUUUUUAAAUUUUAUCAUUUAUGAUUUUUUUUUUUUGAUGACCUAAAUGUAACAGUUUUCAGCUUCCAUGCAAAACUAUAACUGUGUGAAAGUAUUACUUACACUGACCCCUCUACAGAACCCCUGCCCCUACAGCGAUUUUUUUUUCCUGCUACUCUCAACCCAUGAUUAUUUUUAUUAUUUUACCAGUGAAACAUGAUUUUAUCUGUCACAAAAUUAGUUAACAAAACAAACAUAUAUUUGAUAAUUAUAAGUAUAACAUUAUUAACAUUACAUUGGUCAAGUUAAUAAUUCUUCUCAUGUUUUAACAUUUUUUAGCAAAAAAAAAAAGUAAAACAAUAAGCCUAGUUGUUACUUCAUUCUCGAGAAAAAGCAUAGCAACUAACGUAUUUUCAUAGCUUGCCGUUGGCUGAAAUUGAACUCAAGACCACCAUCUUGAGGUUACGUCAGUUUAGACCAUUCGACCACACAGUCACCCGAAUUCAAGGCACCCUUAUUGAUUUGCCAACAAUGAAAAAGAAUCAGCAUUUGGAUUGUCACAAUCUAUUGUUGCUGAAAGUUUGAUUGCAGUAGCUUCAUUAGUUUAAAAGUUAUGGAUUUAAAUGUAAUAAUUUCUCAGCAGCGGUUGCUUUUCAUGAAAUAUUUUUUCUAAAAGUGCACAAAUUUUUCUGAUCUGUAUUUUAUUUAUUUUAAAUGUGCCUUAUUUUUAGAUGUACAUCAUCUGUUUGUAUUGAAAAUUUUAUAGCAAUGGCUUUAUUGGUUUAGUAGACUCAAGCUAUUCAGAUGUCAUUUGUGGCAGUUUAUUUUAGUUAAACUGAAGAAGUAAGUUUACAAACAUAUAAGAACAAUCAUAAAAACGUAUACUUACCUCAAGCAAGUAUUAUUUUAAUUUCUAUCAACCGCCAAAGUUGAUUCUAACAAUAUGUGUUGAUUUGUGAAAUAUCACUAUUAACUUAAAAUAAAUGACAUACUAAUUUUUUGUCAUAUUCAUAUGGGACUAAAAUACAUAUAUAGAAAGUGGUAAAAUAAAAAGUAUGAUACCUAAUUUUAUUGUUUAAAUUAAGGAAUCAUCCCUGUAUGGCGGGGUGGGCAAAAAUUUUGUGUGGAGGACCACAUUGACAAAUGUAAAGCUAUUGGGGGGGGCAGCAUGUAUAUUAUGUCCAAUUUUUUACAUGUCGAUAAACAUUUCUCUAUAUUAAAAUCGAUAAAUUAGCAUUUUAGCAUUACAUGACGAAAGUAGAAAAUAAGAAAGAAAGUGGAUCAAAAAUGUUAAAACACUCAUAACAGUAAAUGAACUUCUGUAAAAUUCAACAAAAUAACUUAAUUUUUUAAACUUUCUAAAUGCCUCAGAUGGCCGCAUAAUAACAGUUGGCGGGCUGUAGUUUUCCCACCCCUGCUGUAUGGAAAAUAAUAAAGAUUUUAAAAGAUUUUUGCCUUCCAAGCUUUUUUAAUUGCACCAAGAAGGAUGAGCUACUUAUAACAUCAGGCACUGAAUCUACAUACACUCUGUUAUUGUUCAUCAACAAAAUUUUGUCAAUCCAAAUGGCGGACAAAUAACAAUCCAAGUCCACACACAGACUUUUGAAAAUAUGUGGAUGCAGGCAAAGCGCAAACCGAAAAGACAGUUUGACACAAGCCAUGAUGUUUUCCCUUUAUAUUUGGAUGGGUUCAUGUCCCGCAAAUGUUUUCAUGGAAAUGAUAUAAACUCAAGCUGUGUUUUCUUUUCAUAAAUUAAAUUGUUAAAAUUUUUCUACUUGAUAAAUUAUUAAAUGGUUUAAAUUUUCUGUUUUAAAAAUGUUGUCUUUUAUUUAUGUUCUGAAUUGAAUAUGUACAAUGCAGUAAAAAAACGUUUCCAUUCAUUUGGAUCAAUAAAAGAAUUUUAUCAUAUCAAUAAAACAAUAACCGUUUAAAAAGCGCUUCAAACCAGAACAACAUGAUUUUUUCAUAAAAGAUGCUCAAGUGUAAGAUUACCCAAUUCCAUUCAAUUUGAAAAAUAAUAUGUUAUUCAUAACUGGCAACUAUACAGUUAUAUAGAGCAAACUAAAAGUAAAAAAAAAAAUUAAACCAGAAUAAACUGUCUAGCUUCAGUACUUUUUGAACUAUGAAUUUUUUUAAGUGCAAGUUCAUUUUAUGACCCAAUUCUGCUGAUUGCCUCAUGUGCUAAAAAUCUUGUUUAAAUUAUAGUUCUACACAACUUUUAUUUUCAGGAUUUAUGCUAGCUAUUAAAUGUUCUAAUAUUAAAUUUAAAUUUUAACAUUAUUAUGCAUUAUAAAUACAUUUUAUUUGAUCUAGCUAUGUAAUAUUAUAAUUAAAUUAAUAUUAUUUUUUAGGGACACCUUAGGAUUAGUGAACAGAACAUCGAUAUCAUAUUUAUUAAAUUUAAUUCUCUUCUUUAAACCCCCUUAACCUAGUUCUAAUUAUUUUGGUCCCAUGUCUAUCUCUUAUGGCCCAAGUUCUAAUUAUUAAGGUUCCAGUCAAAUGUAUGUCCAGUUUUAUUUUAGGCAGUGUAGAUAAAAAAUUGUUAAAAAUUCUAAAUUGAUUUGUUCAGUAUUCAGUAUAUUCAGUAUUUUAAAAAUUAAAAUAAUGUGUUUUGAAUAUUCAAUAUUUUUAAACUUAAAAUAAAUCUACACAGAGACAGAGAGAGCUACAUUGUGAUCUUGGAACACUUAAGUUUUUAAUUUAAAAUUUUUUCUUGUUUUGUAUUGUCUACUGAAGAGGGAAUAUAGCUUAAGCGUCCUUUUAAUUGUUCUGUAAUUUUUUCAAGCCUUAACAUAUCUUGUUCUACUACUUAUUUACUUCACAUGGCUUGAACACAGUCCUCCCUUCUAUUAAAAUAAAUCCUAUGCUGAAACCCAAAACAACACAGAAUAAACCUGCGUACUCUUCACUAUGACAUUCUCCAAAUGGCCACAGGAUCAGAAUGAUGAUUUAAAUAAAUAAACUUGAUCCAUGUCAAAUUUUGUUAUUUCAGAUAAGUGCCGCGGCUUGGUUAAUGUUGGGAAUUCUUGUUUCCUGAACUCACUGCUGCAAUCAUGGGCUGCAUGUCCCUCACUGUACAGCUGGCUGCGCUGUUCUUUGGUCAGCACUCCGGCUUCUCGUGAUAAACUGCUCACUAGUACUAUAUUUAAAGUAUUAAAAGGUUUGUAUUUAUAUUUUAAAUUACGUGUGUUUACUUUUUAAAAAAAACGAAAUUUGUCAUUUAAAAAAAAUACAGUUAGCAUGAGAUAGUUAUAAUAUAGUCCAAAUUGAACAAGAAGAUUUUUUAAAGUUGGUAGGUUAUUACAUAAAAGCAAUAUACAAGCCACUCAAAACUCUUACCACAUAAGGAAAAUUAAUUAUGAUAUUUUUAUACCGGUAUAUGGUUUGGGGGGAGGGGGGGGGGUGGGCUGUAAUCAAAAUUUCAAGCUUGAAUUAAGACAAAACCCUGAAAACUUUUGAUUCUACUUAAUAUAUAAUUAGCAUUAGUUUAUCAUCAUAAUCUUAAACUAAUUUCCUUACCAUAAUUAUAAUUCAUGAUUUUUGUUCUUUUUAAUCUUAAAGUACUUAACAAUGAAGAGGAGGAUGCUUCAGACCCAUACAACCCAAGUAGUGUGUUUCAUGCACUGAGAGCAAAAAGAUGGAUAAUUUCUUCAGAGGAGCAGGUUUGAAUGGAAUAUUUAUUUGCCAAGGGGCCAUCAAAUCAUGACAGUUCUGCAAGUCAGCUGCCAUCUCUCAGAAAAUUGUUUAGGGAUUUAGUUUAAUGGUUGUCUUAUUUCAUUGAUUGAAUUUUGGAAGACUAGAUGUGGAAAAAAAAAAAGAGUAGAAAUGCAUGGGAUGUUACAAAUUGCAGUUUUCAUUCAGAAUUAAAUUGGAAUAUAUCACAAAUUAUAGGUUUCAAAUAACCAGAAAAACCCCCCAAAAACAUUAAAGUUGUUUGAGCAACUGAACCAGGGGAGACUUAAAGGUCCAGUAAAUAGAAAUAACAAUAUCCUAACAUUAAUACCCUCCAUUCUCUCCUUCCAGGACAUGCAUGAACUUUUCCAUGUCCUUACACAAACACUGGAAGAGGAGACGUCCCGUUACCCAAGUGUACUGUCCCUGUUUGAUAUAUGUCACUUACAGGUAAUCUUCUAUUUAAUUAAGGCAAAUGUUCUUCUAGAGUUUCAAAACACAUGCCAUUAAUGAGUUGCUUGAAAUCUUAAUUGUUUGCAUUUCAUUUUAAUAAAUUUCAGUCUGGGCAUGUAGAUUUAAAAAGCUAAUUUGCUGAAGCUAAAUACUUGCACAUGGUCCGGGCUGAUUAAAUAAAUAAAUACACACAAAUAUAUUUAAUUAUCAUUUUUCUAUCUUUCCCCCCCCCCCCCCCCCUCCUCACUCUCUCCCUCUCUCACUUCCAUUUUUGACCUCCCUGUCUCUCCUUCUCUUCCUUUCCCCAUCUCUCUCUCUCCCUUUAUCUCCCUCCUUCUCUCUCUUCCUCCCUCCCUUGCCCUCUCUCUCUCUUCCUCCUAUCCUCCCUCCCUCCCUUUCUCUCCCUUCCCUCUCUCUUACCUUUGUGUACUUAUGUGUGUGCUUAGGAAGAAUCAGAUAAAUUUCCUAUUACCAUGCUAUAAUAUGCUCCGCAGGAUCCCCAAAAUGUUUACCAGUCAGACAUGCAGGCAAGGACCAGAAGCCAGGUUCUUCUACCUGUAUUGCCAACCAAAAUUGUUGAGCAGCCCACCAGAGGACUCUUGGCCAGUCAGCUUCAAUGCCUGUCCUGUGGUUCACGCUCACCUGUGAAGUAUGAUGUAUUUGACAGCCUUACCCUAACAUUCCCAAGGAACUACUGGGUAAGACUUUAAUUGCAUUGCUGAAUUUUUAAUUAGUAUUUUUAAAACCAGCACCCACUAGCCCAAUAAUUAACCUCCAAUGUCACACACUAACGUAAUAAUUUCCCUACAGUGCAGUCCUAACCUAAAUGUUAAAAAUCCUAUCAAUUCCAGGGUCCUCUAAGCUUGGACAGUCUUCUACAUCAGUUUGUCACUCCAGAGAUUGUGCAAUCUGUGGAUUGUGAGGGCUGUGCAAAAAUUGCAAAACAUGAAGUUGUCAAGUCUAACUUUAGGAAAAGAGUGUCAAUGGGAAAGGUUGGUGGACAAUAAUUUUUAUUGCGGAAAAUUUUUUUUACAAAAUCAUUGCUAAUCAUUUUUACCAUUUGAUUGUUUCAACAAAAAUUACUAAAUUAGUUGCUUCUUGAAGUUACUACAAUAGUUGAUUCUUAAAGAUACUACAGUAGUUGCUCCUUGAAGAUUCUACAUUGGUUGCUCCUUGAAGAUUCUACAUUGGUUGCUCCUUGAAAAUAAUGUAGUUGCUUCUUUUACAAAUCCGCACCAUAAGAAAUUUUCUAUUUGACUUUUCCCUCUAUACCAGGGCUAUUAAAGCUUUUUUUUUUUUUUUUUUUCUCUUUUUUCUGGGUUUUUUUUUUUUUUUUUUUUUUUUUUUUUUUGCGGUGCAACACCCUGUCUUGUUUUUAACUCUUUCGAUGCGGAACAACGCACAUUGCGUUCAUCCGCCGUUCUCAAAAGCUCGGACCAAUGCGUUGUUUCAAUAUCAUGUUUGUUUCUUUGCUAUUUCUCGGUUAAACUUUUUAAGAGCUAUUUUUAAAUAAGUCUUUUACAUAGAAGUGUGGUACUUCAUUGUUUAAAAGCGAAAACGAGGUUUAUUUGUGGUCAUUUGAAGCAUUAUUUUGAUGAUUUUCUUCGCGUUUUUUUUUCCUACUGUUGCUAUGGCUACCCUAGGCCCUAGUAGGUAGGUUUACUAGAUGAUUAACAGUUAAAAGAGCUUUGGAAUUGUUUUAUACUAUUUCUUUUGAUAGUGAAGAUGAUUUAUAUUUAGAUGCAUCGCAUGAUUCCGAUAGUAGUAGUUUUAGAGGAAUUGAGUUAAAGAAGUGAAGAUGAGGUAUGCGUACAUCAUAGGGUUUGGGGAAUAAUGGUUUAGCAUAAAAUGUUUUCACAUUUUAUGGUUCUGUUCUGUAACUUAUUUUAUUUAAAGUGAAGAAAUAAGUUUACAAACAUAUAGUCCUUUCAAUUACCUUUCAUUCGAUAUUAAGUUUAGUCUUAUAAACCAAAGAAUAGUAUUUUAAAUAUUUUAAUAAACCCAACCUCUCACUCUUUUUCCGCUCUUUGAAAAAAAUGUAAAUUUUUUUAAUAAAAAUAUUCCGCAGCGAAAGAGUUAAAAAAUGUAUACACCCCACAUGAUAAAAAAUGCUUACAAGAAUGCAAAUUAACCUGAUUUGCUAAUCUUCUCACUGACACAUCCUCCCAAGGGUGUGGGGUCCCCUGGUUAAGAGCCCCUUCUCUGUACUGAGGCUUUAUUUUAGAAUAAAUACGGUCAGAUUUGAAGAUUGUUUUAAAGCCUAUUAAAUAAAAUUCCCCUAAAAAAUGUUUUCUUCCAUAUAAUUUUCUUUUAGCUUCCUCAAGUAUUGUGUAUCCACCUGCCACGGACACAGUGGCUGGACAAUGGAGCUCCAGUCAAGCGAUUUGAUCAUGUCAGCUUUCCGGAGACACUUCACAUGGAUCAGUACUUAUACUGCAACCAAGGAAAGGAACAUGAGGAAAGAAAUGGGCUUCUGGGUGGUGUUGACAUUACUUUACAGAUGCUCAGGUCAGUAACCUUUGACAUGAUAUUUAUUAUAUGCUGGUCAGGAAAGUAAAUUUUCACCCAGCCUUUGUAUUCUUAUUGAGGCUUUAGGACCAUUAGUUUAGAAUUUUCACCCAGCUUUUUUAUUCUUAUUGAGGCUUUAGGACCAUUAGUAUAGAAACUUUUCACUCUUUUUUAAUCUGUGAUAUCCAAAAAUGCAGUUGAUGUGAAGUUCAGAAGAGCUACGGUAAUUAUGUUUUGUUAAUGUAUUGUUUAGCCAUAAACACCUAGCAAUAAUUUUUGUGUCGAUGUAUUUACCAUUUAUUUAGCUUAAAAAUAUAUAACUGGCAGAAUUUGUUUUUUGCAGUCAAUCAGCCAAGCCAGUCACCACACCGACAUCAGCCCCUGUCAAUCUCUUAAGAACGUUGAACUUUGACCAGCAUUUCACUGGAACUGGAUUGUUCGUUCACCCCCAGCGGGCCCCCCAAAUCCCCAGGGAGCUGAGUGAUGUAAACCACAACGCCCCACCGGAACUCAUCAAAACAGGCUCUGCAGAUUUCUCUUACAAACUGGCUGCUGUCGUCUGUCACAUUGGUGACAUCCAGCUUGGUCAUUUUGUGGCCUAUCGUCGUGGUAUUCAUUCAGCAAAUGAGACUUUGAAAGGAGCAGGUGAUUUGGGUGUCAAGUGGUGGUUUACAUCUGACUCUAGUGUCACCCGAGUUACCCAGCAGCAAGUCCUGGCAUCUGAGGCAUAUAUGUUAUUUUAUGAGAAAAUUUAAGCAUUAUUAUGUUAGUAUGUUGCAGAUUUAAAGAACCACUUCAAAUUAAAUUAACAUUCUAGCUGGGAAGAAUUUAAAAAAAAAAUGUUUUAUUAAUAAGAGUACCGGUACUUAAAUUUUCGGCUACCAGUUUCCUGUCACUUUCUACCUAAAAAGCUAGUUCAAUAAUAAUUAGCUUGCAUAUUUCUAUAACUAGAUAUAGUGGCUCUUAGCUCUAAAAGGGCUAUAAAAAUGAUAAAUGGAAGUAAAUUAAAUAUUGUUUGCUUUAGUUUCAAAGGUACCGGUAUUGAAUAUGCAAAAGUUUAUAGGAAUUAUUUUUAGUCCACACAGUUUGUUAUGUUUAUAUUCUAGUCAUUUGCUUUAUUCUAAUUUAUAGUCUUAAUUUAAUAGAUAUAAAGUAUGCAGUUUCAGAGUGUUUUAAAGUACUAGAAAACUGAAUAAAAAGUUUUUUUAAAAGUUACAUGACUUCUUCCACAUUUUUUUUUCUAUGAGGUGAAUUAUUUGAUGUUCUUGUGUUCAUCACCUGCUUCAGCGAGCAUUUUUUGGACCUGUUGUAUUCUUUAUGCAGUUGAACAUUUUAGUUUAAUUUCAACAUUAUAUGUUUAAUCUUAUGCACUGUGUACUAAAUUGAAGGCACAACUUAGCUCAUUUUGGGAAAAAACUUUUGUUUAAAAUAUGAAACAUGUUUAAAUAUUAUAUAUUUUAGUUCUUAAUAAUUUUUUUACUUAUUGUUGCUUCUUUUUUUAUACCACCAGUGUAUCCAGGAAGGUAAUUAAUUUAUUAAUAUGAAGAUAAUAUUUAAGCAAAAAAAUUUAUUUUUAAGAUAUUUAAAAUGAUAAAUCAAAGUAAAAGUUUAUGAUCUAAUCUAUUUGUAAUUAAGGACAAUGGUUGAAAUAGUGUUUUAGCCUUUUCAUGGUUUGAAAAAAAGUAUCCAAGACUUACUGUAUAUAGUAGAAUCAGAGGUGCUUACAAUGUAAUUAUUAUUUAUAAACUACAUGAGAAUUUUAUGAACUGAACACUGAAAAAUCAAGAUAAUCCAUUUUGCUAAAAAUAAUAAGCAAAAUGAUUUCCUGAGGAAUAAGUUGAUAUUAAUCAAAAAGACUGCUGUGAUUCCCAUUUCCUUACCAUUUUUUGCUUAUAAAUUUUGCUCAAAAGUUAAAAUCUUAUUUCUUUGAGUUUUGGAUUAUUAUUAUUACUAUUAAAUUGAUCCUAGAAUUAUUUUGUUUUUAACAUUCUUGUGUUCUCUUAAUUUAAAAAUAAAUUUCACUCUUUUGUUUGGAAGAGAAAGUGGUAUGUAUGUAAAUAAAUUUAUUAUGAAUCCUUUGAAACGUGUAUUGAUUUUCACCAAUUUUUAUUUCUGUUUUGUGAGCGUGUUUUAUCCAGAUUCCCAAGUAUUCUAGCAGUCAUAUUUUAAUACAUUAAGUGAUACAAUGAUGGUUUAGUACUUAAUUGAUAUCUUACUUUUUACAUCUGUUUUACAAUUAUUGUCAAGGUUUCCGAUUAAGGCUUAAAUAAGUACAUUUGUGGAUUAUUUCCUUUUUAAAUUUUUUUUUUUUAUCCUCUCUGCCAAAAUCAAAGCUAUCAGUCACCUUUAAGUUAUCCCAUUAUUUAUUGAGCACUCUCAAAUGUUGUGGGCUGCGUUACGCUGCAUAAGCUGUUUGCCUUACUUCUGUAGAUUAAUUAGAAAAUUCACCUUUCAGAUGUGUUGUCUUUAUAUUUAUUUGUGACACAAACCGGAAACGUUUGUAUGGCAGACCUGUUUACUCUUACGAUUUUGGUGUAUAAUGUACGAUUUUGAGGUGUAUACAUUAUAUUUACUGUAUGUUUAUUUUUUUACUAUUAAGAUAAUGUAAUGAUCGAUUUUGUGAUGAUAUUGUACGAUUUUAAGAGUUUGGGGGUAAACAGGUCUGGUAUGGUGUUCAAAAAGACCAUUAAUUGUAAUUUUAUAAAAUAUUUAUUUAUCUGUUUCUGCUUUAGUUUGGGGGUUGAGCUGUCAUUUUGUUGUUUUUUUUUUUGUUUUUUGCGAACUGAAUCAAAAUAUUUUUACGUUUGUCCAUUUUCUUAAAUGUAACCAUUUGGAAUUAAGAUAAAAUUAUCUUUUUUUCCCCUGGUUAAUAAAACCUACUGUCAAAUGAGUCAUAAGACUUAAAUAAUAAUCAUGUGUUUGUGAGUAUUUCUUCAUUACACUAAUGUUAAAAUAAUAUUUUACGUUUUUUUGGUUUUUAUUUUAAAUGAAAACUGUCCAAAAAUAAAUCCUUAAAACUUUGUUUAAAUGAUCUCAAUCUGACAUUGGUGCUUAAAAUUUCAUUUGUUUUUCAAUCUUUAAUUUUUUAAUUUUUAUCAGAAGAUAGUUGUCUGGGGGUCAGUGUCUGUAAAUCCUUAUGUGUCCACUUGAGAUAUACCAGUCAGUUGAGGGCAUUUUGUUACUAGGCUUUGACUGUAUGAACAUUGAUGUAAGUGUGCUUGCUUGAUAAUAACUGUUUAAUUUGCUUAGUUUGAAAAAUGUCCCUUUAAAAGAUCUUUAUUUUUCAUUUAUAUUUUUUAUUUGUAAAUUUCUGUACAAAAAGAAAUCUGCUUGAUACAUUAAAAAGUUGGAACAUGCCACUAAAA